AUGGUUAGAUUCCUUAUUCAUCAUAACCUUGAAGGAAAUACUAUUUAUUUUUCACAAUUUUAUCAAACUAAUAUUCAAGCAAGAAAAUUAGAAGCAUUAAUGGAAAUUAUUAUAGCUCAUUUAAAAAGUGAUAUUGAAAGAGAAGGAAUUGUAAAUGGAGAUACAAUGAAAUUUUCAACAUAUUGUAUUGAAAGUCAAGAAUAUUCUAAUUCUUCAUUAAAAUCUCUUCAAGAAGAAUUUGAAGGAAUUCAAAUUAUUUAUUGUGAAGUUGGUGGAAUUAUUAUUACACUUGGUCUUCAUGAUUAUGAUUCAAUAUUUGCAUCUCAAAAUUUCCUUAAUAAUUGGGUGUUAAUUCUUCGUAAAUUAUAUAAAACAAAUACAUUAUCAAAUAUUUAUGAAAGAAUUGAUGAAUUAUUAGCUCAUCUUGAUAAGUUUUUACCUUUAGGAGAUAUGACUUUAAUAAAUCAAAGUUAUUUAGAAUAUUUGAAAAAUGAAGCAAUAAAUUUAACACGUGCAAUGUGA